GACGUGUUAGGAAGACGUGCUGUUGAAAGCUAACUAUGAAAACAUUUGUCAUUGGAAUUGGUGGUUGAGAGCUCGUGUGGAGACGGUGCGGAGCGCUUCAUCUGUGGCAGCUCGGAAGCCUGCGUCCGGGGAGACUGCGGUAGAACCUUCUGCAGAAGGGGCCGAGAGCUUGACAGCUUCAACGGAGGGCCAGCAAGCGGCGACAGCAGCCAGCGUCAUGAGCGACAGCGGCGAGCAGAACUACGGCGAGCAGGAAUCCCGCUCUGCUUCCCGAAGCGGAAGCGCUCACAGAUCGGGGAAUUCCGCAAGGCAUAGCCCUGCAAGGUCUCACUCCAAGGAAGAUUCCAGGCGUUCCAGAUCCAAGUCCAGGUCCAGAUCCGAAUCUAGGUCUAGAUCCAGAAGAAGCUCGCGCAAGCGUUACACGAGGUCGCGGUCCCGGUCCCGGUCCCAUAGACGCUCCCGUAGCAGGUCGUACAGUCGCGAUUAUCGCAGACGGCAUAGCCACAGCCAUUCUCCCAUGUCCACUCGUAGGCGCCACGUUGGGAACCAGGCAAACCCUGACCCCAACCGCUGUCUUGGAGUAUUUGGUUUGAGCUUGUACACCACAGAGAGAGAUCUCAGAGAAGUUUUUUCUAAGUACGGGCCCAUUGCCGACGUGGCUGUCGUGUAUGACCAGCAGUCUAGGCGCUCCCGAGGAUUUGCCUUUGUUUAUUUUGAGAGCGUAGAUGAUGCCAAGGAAGCUAAGGAGCGCACCAAUGGGAUGGAGCUGGAUGGGCGCAGGAUCAGAGUUGAUUUCUCUAUAACAAAAAGACCACAUACUCCAACACCAGGAAUUUACAUGGGGAGGCCCACGUAUGGCAGUUCACGCCGUCGGGAUUAUUACGACAGAGGGUAUGACCGAGGCUAUGACGACCGAGACUACUAUAGCAGGCCGUAUAGAGGGGGUGGCUGGAGAGCCGCCCAGGAGAGAGAGGAGAUCUAUAGAAGACGCUCGCCUUCGCCCUACUAUAGUCGCGGCGGAUACAGAUCGCGCUCCAGGUCGCGCUCCUACUCCCCUCGCCGCUACUGACGGGUGCCGGCGAACGUUCUGGAAGCGCCCUGGCGCUGGGCUCUGGUUUGUGGACGAUCCUUUUUCAUUGUCUCCUGUUUGAAAAGUGGACGGUGCCUAGUGGACUUAGGUGACUGUCACGCCUUUUAUGAUUGGUGACCACUUGUGGUGGAGUUGAAAUGCUGUUUUCAUUCUGCAUUUGUGUAGUUCGGUGCUUUGUUCAAAGUUAAGUGUUUCCAGAGAAGUAUGUUUUGCAUGUAUUUUUUUACAGUCUUCAAUUUUGACUGCUGAGAAGUUUCUAUUGUACAAAGCUUCAUUUAAAAGGUUUUUCUACUCAAUCCAGGGUAUUCUGAAGAUCGAAGCCUGUGUGUAAAAUGCUACCAAAUGGCAAAAAAAACAACAAUAAAGUUUGGUUUUUACUUUUCUUUCUCACAUAUCAGUGCUUAGCAGAAAGUUCAGAUUAAGUGGUCAGUAGUAAAUUAAACGAAAAAUUCCCACUUAACCAGUCCAUCAAACAUCCAUACCUGUGAUACUUACAACUAAGUGCUAAAAAUUAUGCUCUGUAACUCUGUACUGUUAGUGUUUGAACUGCACCGCUUCCCGCUGCUCUAGUCGUGGGUGUGCGGCUGUGUGCAGCCUGCAUCACACAGCAGGCAGGAAGAAGAGUUACACGUGCGAGCCUGUAAAAGGCUCCUUAAAGCUCUGACAAGGGGACUCGUGCUAUUUCAACUCGUUCUCAGCAAGUGGCAGUACAUCUCCACCACCAGUGUGCUCUCGUCUUUGCUUGUAGACCAUGUGAAAAACGGGGUGCUUCCAAGUGGGAGAGAAGGGCACACUGCACCUGUGUCAUGUUCAGACCUUGCCUGUUCAUUUGUAAAAUAUUAUUUUCAGAUCCUUUGUUUACCACAGGAGACCCAAUUUCACUCAGAUGUUCUGAGGACUGUGUUUAAAUAAACGCAAUUGAAAAUAGAAAAAAAAAAAUCUUCCCCAAUGCCAUUUCUGUUAGAGACAAAAUCAUUAGCUCUCUCAGACUGCGAUAGUGUAUCCCUGCAGUCACAGGGGCUGCCAAGUCCGCGGGAUUUAGGCAGAACAAGGAGGCAGUUUCCUUGCCAAGUGCACAGAGGUGUGCAUCCUGUCCACAGCUUUGGAGGUACUUAAGCCGUCUCUAAAUAAGAUGAAAUUGAGACUUGUCCCAUGUGUGUGCCCCGUGCUAGAUGCUGGGAUGGUCAGGCGCUUCCUUCUCCUUGUCACUUAUGUGACAGAGUGUGCAGCAAGGAACAAUUCGCUGACCAGUAUGGCUCCGUUCAGGGACGCCCACACCCCACAGAGAACACCGAAUACCGAGUGGACAAGCCUGCAUUACUCUGCACUUCGCUUUGCCCACUGCACUGAAACAAAAUUAGGAGCUAGGCAGCUGUAUUCAUGUAUGCUUCCACGAGAGGGCGCCACUCAUCCUGUCCCGUGUAAACCUGUGCAUGUUCUGCCUUAGAAAACGAAUUGUUUGCUCCAGCAGAGUAGCUGUAGUUCUAAGCUGUAGCAUUCCUUAGUUGACAUUCCCGUAGUCAUUAGUAGCCCUUCCGCACCAGUUAACGUCUCUCCAGGACCCGUGGUUUUGCCAACAGAAAAAGCAACAUCAAUGAAAGAGGUCCAUUCUUCCUAAAUAUAAACAUUACUUUUCAACUCUGUCAUUUCAAGAUGUUGUCUGUGUUCUCAAUGCAUUUUCCUUCUCGGAACUUUGUGUUUUUCCUUUGGUUCAGCGUGACCAAUGGUGGGAAGACAACACUGGCUAAGAAACUGCAGGAACACCUGCCACACUGCAGUGUCAUAUCCCAAGAUGACUUCUUCAAGGUAUCUGUAACACCUCUGGGAUGGUUUAUUUCCCAUAAAAAUGUGCAGUAACAAAGUGAAUUGCAUUAUAUCCAAAACAUUUCUUCGAGUGAUGUACCUUUGUGACGUAGGUAGGCUUGGUGCUAUGGUGCCACUCUGCCACUAGGUGGCACCAUAUAUCAAUGCAGAUCUUUAAGUUUGUCAUCAUCCAAAGCAUUUAUUAAAGGUUUAUUUCCUCUUUA